AUGUACGUCCCCGGCUCACGAGCGCCACCGCGACUCCCCGCAAACGAGAAAACGUCCUCAUACUGACACUCGCGAACGCACAGCUUCGUCAAGACCCUCACGGGCAAGACCAUCACCCUCGAGGUCGAGUCCAGCGACACGAUCGACAAUGUCAAGAGCAAGAUUCAGGACAAGGAGGGCAUUCCUCCGGACCAGCAGCGUCUGAUCUUCGCCGGAAAGCAGCUGGAAGAUGGCCGGACUCUGAGCGAUUACAACAUCCAGAAGGUGCGGUGUCCAAACUCGAAGAGUCGCGGGCUGAGACAGAGAGAGAGAGAGAGAGGAAAGCAUGACGAUCUGACGUGUGAUGCAGGAGUCCACUCUCCACUUGGUCCUCCGUCUCCGCGGUGGUAUCAUUGAGCCCUCGCUCAAGGCUCUUGCUUCCAAGUACAACUGCGACAAGAUGAUCUGCCGGAAGUGCUACGUAAGCACCCCUUAAGGACAAUUACCUCGCGAGAGAAUGGAACACUAAUAAUUAAUGGAUAACAUCAGGCUCGCCUUCCCCCGCGUGCCACCAACUGCCGCAAGAAGAAGUGCGGACACACCAACCAGCUCCGCCCCAAGAAGAAGCUGAAGUAG